AUGAAAAAAGAAGAUUCUAAAGGUGAAGGAUCUAUUGAAGCACAGACAAAGAAUAAAGCAGAGAUUAAAGAUAGAAAGAAUGAAAAAGAUGACUCCAAUGAUGAAAUGACAAGAAAAAAAGAACAGUAA